AUGCCAUCGAGUCAGUUUCACCUGCUGCUGCUGCUGCUGCUCGGCACCUUGAUCCUGGUCGCUGGCCAAAAGCCAACCUUUCGAGUGCCGCCGCAGGAUCUGCAGGUGCCCAACUUCGGGGGCGAGAGCUUCGAGAGAUUCGCCAGCGGUGCGGGAUCGGGAUCGGCAUCGGUGUCGAGUAGCGGGAGCAGCGCGAGCCAGGAAACCAGCGAUGAGAUGCGGGAGCAACUGAAGCAGCUCCUCAGCGACCAACUGGCCAAUGCCUUCGCCCCCCUGGCCACCACGCCCUUCACCCAGCGACAACCGGCCAUUGCGUCACCCGCCUCGGGGGCAGCAGCUCGUUCCCAGUUCGCCGCCGAUCCGGAUCAGGAUCAGAAUGAAGAGGAGUCCCCCGAGGCGGAGGCGGAGGCGGAGGAGGAGGAGGGCGACGAAGAGGAGGAGCAGGAGACCACUACUCUCCAGCCGCAGCCAUCGCCUCCACCACUUCCACAACCAGGAGGCGCCGAGGAGGAGUUGGCUGGUGGCCAAGUGGAGGUGGACGACUAUAAUGCCUGGCGCGAUAAUUUCUAUGACCUCAACGAGGACGGCAGCUAUAUCUUUGGUUACUCCAUUCCUCAUGGCGUUCGUCGCUGGGAGAAGGGUUUCUAUUCAGAAGGUCAGCAUGGUCAGGUGGUCGAGGGCUUCUACGUGCAGCCCCGCCACGAUUCCCAGGGCCUAAGAUACGAGUUGCGGUGCUACAGAGCCGAUUCUAAUGGUUACCAGCCACUGCCAGUGGAGUUCCUGAGGACGCCGCCAAUUGUGAGGCGCGAUGAGGUGCCCCAGGUGAAUUGCUUCCGAUGA